AACAAGGCAAUACUCUUCCAAACAACAGUCAGGCAAGCCAAAUCUCAAGCAUUGAAAACCCGAGCUUGGUCCCAGGUGACAUCAGUGCAGCAGGUGGUGUCCCUCCAUGCCAGCAUAUAUACCAAGACAAGGAAGCAAAUGAUGAAACUUGAGCCGGGCCAAGACCAGGUGGAAAAAUAUAAACCCCUCCUUCAGGAGCAGCACAAAGUCAGCAUGGCCAUCGGCGAUCCUAAUGCCCGAGGUCAGCGAAAUGAGUCUCUCACUUGGUUCUGGUCUAUCGAAGUAGAUUUGGGGGGUCCGGAUCACUCGUGGAAUGAGGAAUUUUACCAAGUUCAUUGGCUUCGGGCAAAGGCACCAUGGGAUCGAUGGAAGGAAGAACUGAUAUUGGUGGAAUUGGAGAUGGAUUGGAUGUGUAAUUUCUUCUUGUGGAAAUCACCGCAAUGGGGCGACCAGAUGAGGGAAUCAUUGGUGAAACGCCUUCCGGGUCAUGCUUGCUACUCCAGAAGGCAAUCCCAAAUGUAUUCAUUACUGGCGCAGGAUGCUCAGGCAGCGUUUCAAGACCUGCAGAGCAUGUUAAUAGAUGCCCGAGAUGAAUGA